AGCCACCCGCUGUGCUUGGCAGGGGCCGGGCCCACGGCUCCUCCCCGACGGGAGUCGGUGAGGCCAGGGGCAGCCCUUAAAGGGAGCCGGGCCGCGCCGGACGGCGGGACAGCCUUGGAGCAGCCUGCCCCUGGUGUAUCCCCGCAGCCAUGGGGCCGCCCCUGUGCGGGCUCCGCUGGCUCCUGCUGCUGCUGGCCGCCCCCCUGGGGGAGCCGCGGCCGCCCCCGGCCGUGCCCUGCCCAACGGUAUGUGAGCCGGCGCGCUGCCCCCCGCGGGACCCCCAGCCCUGCCUGGCCGCCGGGGGGCUGCUCCAGCCCGACCGCUGCGGCUGCUGCUGGAUCUGCGCGCCCGGGGAGGGGCGGCCCUGCGCCGCGGGCGGACUCUGCGCCCACGGGCUGCGCUGCCAGCGCCCCGCCGCCCGCUCGGCCCGGGGCGGCACCUGCAUCUGCGCCGAUUCCCCCCUGCCCGUGUGCGGCAGCGACGGCCGCACCUACCGCAGCCUGUGCCAGCUGCGGGCCGAGAACCGGCGGGCGCGGCUGCAGGACGCGCCCCCGGCCAUCCCCGUGCAGACAGGCGGCUGCGGGGAGCCAGGCUCCUUCCAUCCUGACAGCCUGAGGUACAAGUUUAAUUUUAUUGCUGAUGUUGUGGAGAAGAUUGCUCCAGCUGUUGUCCAUCUUGAGCUCUUUCGCAGGGUGUCCUACUCAAGCCAAGAAGUUCUUGUGUCCAGUGGCUCCGGAUUCAUAGUGUCAGAGGAAGGACUGAUUGUCACUAAUGCUCAUGUCCUCACCAAUAAGCAAAGAAUCCGAGUGGAGCUCAAGAGCGGGGAGCAGUACGAAGCUAAAAUCAAAGAUGUCGACCACAAGUUGGACAUAGCCCUGAUCAAAAUAUAUCCUGAUACUGCCCUCUCUGUACUACUGCUGGGCAGAUCCUCUGACCUCCGUCCUGGGGAGUUUGUGGUGGCGCUGGGCAGUCCCUUCUCCUUACAAAACACUGUAACAACAGGAAUCAUCAGCAGCACUCAAAGAGGCAGCAAGGAGCUUGGCCUGAAGGACUCUGACAUGGCGUACAUUCAGACAGAUGCCAUCAUCAAUUAUGGAAAUUCAGGUGGGCCCUUGGUGAACUUGGACGGUGAAGUUGUAGGGAUAAAUACGCUGAAGGUAACGGCUGGCAUCUCCUUUGCAAUCCCCUCUGACCGAAUCCGUCAGUUCCUAGAAGAAUCUCACGACCGGCAGAUGAAAGGGACGAUUCGACCCAAGAAGAAAUACAUGGGAUUCCGAAUGCUUCCCCUCACUUUUAAUCUCAUCCGUGAACUGAAAAUCUAUGAUAAAGAUUUCCCGGACCUGAACUCUGGAGUCUAUGUUUUUGAAGUGAUUCAAGGAACUGCUGCUGCAAGCUCUGGCAUGAGAGAUGGUGAUGUGAUUAUCAGCAUUAAUGGAAAAACAGUCACCUCUACAGAGGAUGUAAAUGAAGCUGUUAAAAACAAUGAUGUUCUUUCAAUUGUGGUUCGUCGAGGAAAUGAAGAUGUGAUCUUGAAUAUAAUUCCAGAUGAAAUUGAUUAAAGGCUGACUUCCAUCAGAAAUAGUUUCAUUAAACAAAGUCAGACCUGCACUAUGUGUCUUAAGAUAAAGCUUAUGCUGUACGCAGUUUUUUCUAGUAUAAUGCAGGGAAAAAUUUUUCACAAGUAGUCCAGAAAGCAAUAUUUAGACACAGUUAAGAUUUUUUUAAGUGAAUUCUAAGAUACACAGUGGAAAAUAACAUCAGUUUGAUUUAUUUUACUUCAAACGCAUUUGAAAGUGACUAUUGAAGUAUCUGUGUUUUUUUCCCCCCCUUUCCAUAUUUAAAGGAAUUUAAAGCUAGCCAAAAAAUACUGGUUGUAGUCCACAUUGUGGACUAAGCUACUUCUAUUGUCUAAACUUGAAAUACUAUUGAAGUUAGAUGCAGAUCUCCUAUUACUGAGAAUUUGAGGCCUAGUCAAAUUCUGAUUGAAGUCAAAGGGACUUGAAUUCAUUUUGGCGCUUUUGCUGAAAGUUAGCUAUCAUUUGUUCUUUAUUUGCUUUUCUGUAACAUUUUGUGGAUAUAAAAAACUGACUUUGGAAAAAUAGCACUUUCCAGUAGAUAAGUUUUCCACAUGUAUAGUGGAAACAGCUAAACUCUUAGCUACCGAUACUUGUUUCUAAAGCUUUAAGAGUGAGCAGAGAUUUUUAGGUGCUUUAAUUUUUGGGUGCUCGAACAGCCUGAUUUUCAGAAAGUGCUGGGCACACUCUCCCUGGAAAUCAGGCCCCUUCACUAUCAACCAAAAACAGAGGUAGCCUAGAGUUACUAAUCACUCUUGGAAAUUAUGACCAUGCUCACUUGAUAAAGUAUUAAGAAAAAAUGUUUGACUCCAAAGGUGUGAAUGGAAGAUUAAAAAUACCAGCUACUUAGCAGUGCGAGUUCAUAAUGGUGGACUAGUGUAAAAAUCAGAUACUAAAUGCCCAGAUUCCAUUUACAUAUAUUCUUUAAUGCUG